GUCGCUACUUAAAGCAGCCCACGAGCGAGGACAAAGCGAAACAUGGCCGAGCGAAGAAAAGGUUCUAUAUAUACCCGCUGUCUGAAUCGAGACUCGCCCGAUUUGGAGUGCUGUCAGAAAGGGAUAAGACUUUCUUCUAUCAAUCGUCCGAGAUCACCAGGGUCAUUCCGUCCUUUGUAUAACAGCUCUCAACAGCUUGGGCGUCCUUGGCCCCAGAAUAUCUUAUCUGCGCGCGGAUGGCGGGAGACUCCUGUCGAGGAUAUAUCAUGUCCGCUAUCUUUGGUGGGUGAAGGCUUCUGAGGCCGGCCCCGGAUCAAGGCGAGCGUGCAAGAAAAUUGGGACUGCUUCACCUUACGGCAGCCUGGGUGCCAUUUACGUAGCAACACACCUGCCUGGACCCUGCACGUUGCCUGGCCUGUGAGUCGUCGCACUCGCCCCUCUCCCGCGUUGUCCCCCGCCAGCCUCGUUGCAAGCACACAUCGUAGUCGUAGAGGACGACGAUGAGGUCAUCGCGCACGUCAGUCGGCGCACACGUGAGUCCCCGCGCAUGAUCGGCCGAGAUCCUCGAGCUCCUCCACCGAUAAACGAAACCGCACACCGACCCGGUUGUCCUUGCAGCAGCAGCAGUAGCAACAGGACGGCCGAGACCGGUGCAAGUUGCAUGUCAAAUUCAGAAACCAGCUCCGCUCUCAAGCCUCGACCACGAGACGGCUGCGCAUGUGUGAUAGCCUCGUCGAAGCCGCUUCUUCGCGGCAUCUUUUCGCUGCUGUUCGGAAUAGUCCCCCCUCGCCGCUGAGUCAACGCGAGAACGGGAGUCCUGAAGGGGAGCCUCGACCCGCUUCCUCCGCCGCGAGUGUUCUUUCAUUUGCAUCACAAGGCCAGAGCUGGCCCCUCCCCGGAGUAUCGAUGAAGCACAGUCCUUCUCGCUCGGAACACGGCACUCUGAUUUGACACCGGAGAACUACUAGAGUGUAUUAGAUUUGAUAGAAGAUGUUUUCAACCGCGCUUUGUACGC